CACAGUUCUCGUCAGCUGACAGGGGGGUGGGGAAGCAGACAAGUAUAUAGCCCCUGUCGCCCAGCCAGGCCAGGCACAGACGCCAAGGACAGAGGCACUGACCAGCUGUUCCCAGGCCACCUUCCCCACCGUUACCACCAUGAAGCUGCUUGCAGUGACUCUGCUGCUCCUCACUAUCUGUAGGCUUGAAGGGGCUUUGGUUCGCAGGCAGGCAGAGGAGCCGGGUCUGCAGAGUCUGUUCUCCCAGUACUUCCAGACCCUGACCAACUACGGCAAGGAGCUGGUGGAAAAGGCCAGUGGCUUGGAGCUUCAGACCCAGGCCCAGGCUUACUUGAACAGGACACAGGAGCAGCUGACACCCCUGGUCAAGGCUGGAAGUGAUCUGAUAUACUUCUUGGGCCACUUCAUGGACUUCGAAACACAGCCAGAGGCCUAGUGACGGGGCCACUGUCUGUCAUUCCCAGCUGGCCCCUAGAACACCAGAUGGCAAAGCCUAGAGCCCCUCUCCCUCCCUAUUCCUUGUUUCCACAAUAAAUAUUAAAGGAGUCAAGUGGUGA